GUCAUGUUUGCAGAUGACACAGAUACUGUUGAGUUUUCACUGACAGAAUGGAGAUCAUGGUGUUUUUCUCGCUGAUGCUUCUGGUCUGCUCUGUUUCCACAAAUCAGACAGAGGCAGAUAAUGAAAUUGUUGACCAGCAGAUUUCAAACCAACAACCCUGUCCACAGGACAUCCAUGCUGUGCUCAGAGAGAUGGCAGUCUCACUGGCUGAACAGAAAGUGGAAAUCAGGACAUUAAAACAAGAGAAUCAAGAUCACAUAACAAAGCUGAAAGAACUUGAAAGUCAUAAAAAUGAGAUCGACUGGCUGAAGCAGAAAUCAAAAGAACAAGAAGCAAAGCUGGAAACUGAGAUUGACCAGUUGAAGCAGGAACAACAAGUCAAACAGGUGGCUUUCUCAGUAUCUCUGCUGGAACAAGGCAGCAGAGAUAUUGGACCCUUUAACAUACAUAUGACUCUGAUCUUCAAACGUGUUGUCACAAACAUUGGAAAUGCCUACAACAAACACACAGGUAUUUUCACUGCACCAGUGAGAGGAGUCUACCACUUUGACUGGAGCAUAUAUGGACAUGGAAACAUUCAGACAGGUGCUCCGUUGUUCAGGAAUGGAGAGCACAUUUUUGCUGCAUAUGAACAUCCAGCAUCUGGUGGUGUGAGCGCCUCUAAUGGAGCCUCACUGCUUCUAGAGGUUGGAGAUCAGGUGUCUGUGCGUCUCUGGGCCAAUACAAGGAUAUAUGAUAAUCAGAACCAUCAUAACACCUUCAGUGGUCAUCUGAUUUUCACCAUGUGAGAGGUGUGACAGCUCCAACACUUCCUGUUUGAACUGACUUUUGUGGGCGGAGCUUAGCCAAUUUUAGAAGUAAAACAGGAAGUAAAUCACCUGCUGGAAUCAGUUUCUUGCUCUCUCUCUCUUUCUGGUUGGUUCUAGUUUUGUGUUUAUUUGUUUCUACUUCUCCUCUGAUUCUACUGACGCAGAUAAUUUACUUCUUAUCUUUGAUUCAAAUAAAUCCAGUUAAAUGCUCAGUGAUUCUCUUCUCUUUGUCCUUUCUUUGAGUCGGCUCUUCAUAAAGUGCUGCUCCUCCAUCAGGUCAUGACUAUUUUCUGUAAGCUGAUAACUGCAUUAUUCUUUAUUGGCUCCACUGUCCUGUGUUGGUCAGUCUGUUAUUUUGGUGACUGCUGGCCCACAUGUUUGCUUUUAACUGGAGUCUUUCCUGUUAAGUUGAGCAAAAUCCAACAGUUCCUCUUUUUUCUCUUCUUUGAUAAUCAUGCAGGUAUUUUUCUUAAACACUUAACACAUGUUAAACUUAAUCUGACUAUCAUGAUAAAAAUGUAAACAGCUGAUUUAAUUUGAUAUAAAAAUGUGUGUCAGUGCUGUGGAGGAAUUUCUAGAAGCUGAAAUGUUUCCUUAUUUUUCAUCUGAAUCCAAAUCCAGACACAGAUAACUGACUGUAAACUUACUCGGGUUCAUUUCUUUCAAUUCUUUAGUUUCAAAAUAAAAGCAUCAUUGAACCAA